AUGUCAGGAACCGACCAAGAAACAAAUUCUGUUUUGUCUGAAAAAGAUAGAGCUGCUCGCUUGAAGAAAAAACAGAAACUCGCUGCUCAGCUACAACACCAAAAACUGUUUUUGGAUUCAUUACCUUGUACUGACAUGUACGAAGUCUCUCUUAUGCAUAGAGAUAUCGUCAACCUGAUUUCAUGUACAAGCACUGAUUUCAUCAUUACAACUUCCAUUGACGGUCAUGUCAAGUUUUGGAAAAAAUCGCUCAAAGGAAUCGAAUUUGUUAAACAUUUCAGAUCCCAUGUGGGUGCCAUUGUCGCCACAGAUGCUUCUUUUGAUGGUCUGCUAUUUGCUACCGCCGGUGUCGACAAGGGCCUCAAAGUGUUUGAUGUCAUCAAUUUCGAUAUGAUCACCAUGUUUAAACUAAAUUAUUUUCCUGCUGCCGUUUGCUGGAUCUACAAAAAGAGUCAAGCUAAAGCUUUACUGGCUUGCUCGGAUAAGGAAACAAGCACCAUCAGUCUGUAUGAUGGACGUGGCGGAACAACGUGUAUUCAAUCCAUCACUACCUUGCAUAGUGUACCAGUAAAUAUCAUAAAGUAUAAUCAUAUUGCCAAUACUGUGGUUUCUGUGGAUGAUGGAGGCAUGAUAGAAUAUUGGACUCCAAACGAAUUCUCUGAUCAAGGAUUUGAUCAUCCCAAACCUUCAGCCGUGUCUUGGGAAUUCAAGGGCGAAACUGACCUAUACGAGUUUAAAAAGGCAAAAACAGUACCAACAUGUCUACAAUUCUCACCAGAUUUCUCAAAGUUUGUCACAUUUGGAUUCGGUGAUCGUCAGAUUCGCAUCUUUAAUUUUCGCACUGGGAAACUCAUGCGCAAAUAUGAUGAAAGUUUGAGCGUGGUGUCCGAAAUGCAACAGGCAGGCACUGCUAUUCACACACUUGAUGAUAUGGAGUUUGGUAGGCGUUUGGCAAUCGAACGUGAAAUUGAAAAAGCAAGCGGUGGUCAAAGUGCAACAGUAAAUGCUGUAUUUGAUGAAUCUGGUACCCAUGUCAUAUAUCCUACUUUGAUUGGUAUCAAGGUUGUAAACAUCCUUUCCAACAAGGUUGUUUGUCUUAUCGGAAAAGGUGAAACUCAACGCUUUAUGAACCUAACAUUAUAUCAAGGUGCUCCAAAACAAAAAAUUAUGCUCACGCUGGCCAUGGCUGCCUCAAAUAAUCCUUUGGUCAAAGAUUCUGAAAUGACAGAUCCAACACUGUUCUGCACUGCUUAUAAAAAACCCCGGUUUUAUUCGUUUACUCGACGUGAGCCUGACUCUGAAGGAGCAGUAGCAUCUGGAUCGGGAAAUCGAGACAUCUUCAAUGAAAAACCAUCUCGCGAGGAACAAACCGUUGCUGCUGCAUCCUCCCAUAAACAAACCAUGGGCUCGACUGGAAUCAUCCAUACAACAUUUGGUGAUAUUCAUAUUCGUCUUUUUCCCGAACAGGCACCAAAGUCGGUUGAAAACUUUAUUGAACUAUCCAAAAAGGGAUACUUUGACAAUGUACUUUUUCAUCGUGUCAUCAAGGGAUUUAUGCUCCAAACGGGAGAUCCUUUGGGUGAUGGGACUGGAGGAGAAUCAUGUUGGGGAAAAGAAUUUGAGGAUGAGUUUCAUCGAUCGGUUAAACACGAUCGUCCUUAUACAUUAUCCAUGGCAAAUUGUGGACCCAAUACCAACGGGAGUCAAUUUUUUAUCACCACUGCACCAACGCCCUGGCUGGAUAACAAACAUACGAUUUUUGGUCGUGCUACUGGGGGCAUGAACGUGAUUCAUCGGAUUGAAAAUGCAAAAACGGAUAAAUCAGAUAAGCCAUUGGAAGAUAUCCGUAUAAUGAGCGUUGAAGUGCGUUAG